CUGUUCUGGAGGUUGGGCUUGAGACCCUGGGGUGUUCUUGGUGCCCAGACUCCUUCCCUACAGCCUCCCAUGGCAGGACUUGGAGCCAGACCAGAAGGUUGCACUGAGGGUCUUGCCAACCUUGGAUGCUCUAUGUCCCAUGUCCCAGCAGUUCUGUCGGCCCAGGGGACCCAGGCCUUGCAGGCUGCCCAGAGGAGCGCACUAUGGGCGGUGAAGCGAGUGGCCAUGGAUCUCCAGCUCAGACUGCAUGAGUGUCAAGGACCUGGAUACCCCAGGCCUCAAGCCCAGCUCCUCCAGGAUCCACCUGAGCCAGGUCCUUGUGGCGAAAGGAAGCCAGUUGCUGCCAAUGUAACCCAGACUCACGGCCGCAUCGUGGGGGGCAGAGCAGCCCCGCCUGGGGCUUGGCCCUGGCUGGUGCGGCUGCAGCUCGGCGGGCAGCCUCUGUGCGGCGGCGUCCUGGUGGCGGCCUCCUGGGUGCUGACAGCGGCGCAUUGCUUCGUGGGAGCCUCCAAUGAGCUCCUGUGGACUGUGGUGCUGGCUGAGGGGCCCCAGGGGGAGCAGGUGGAGGAAGUGCCCGUGAAUCGCAUCCUGCUCCACCCCAAGUUCGACCCGCAGACUUUCCACGGUGACCUGGCUCUCGUGCAGCUGUGGACACCUGUGAGUCCAGCGGGGUCCGCGCGCCCAGUGUGCCUGCCCCAGGCGUCCUCAGAGCCCCCUGCCGGCACUCCCUGCUCCAUCGCAGGCUGGGGGGCUCUCUUCGAAGACGGGCCUGAGGCUGAGGCAGUGAGGGAGGCCCGUGUUCCGCUGCUCAGCCCUGACACCUGCCAAAGGGCGCUUGGGCCCGGCCUGCGCCCCAGCUCCAUGCUCUGCGCAGGUUACCUGGCGGGGGGCAUCGACUCGUGCCAGGGUGACUCUGGAGGCCCCCUAACCUGUUCUGAGCCUGGUCCCCACCCCAGGGAGGUCCUCUUUGGAGUCACCUCCUGGGGGGACGGCUGCGGGGAGCCAGGGAAGCCUGGGGUCUACACCCGAGUGGCUGUGUUCAAAGACUGGCUCCAGGAGCAGAUGAGCGCGGACGCUUCCACGCGCGAGCCCAGCUGCAUGGAGCUUCUAGCCGGAUCCCCGCCCGAGGAAAACCCAGCCGACACCGCCCGGCUCUGCGCCUUCUACGCGCGCCGGUGCCCGUUGUCCGAAGGCGCCUGUGCGCGCUUGGCCCGCCAGCAAUGCCUGCAGCGCUGGCGCCGGUGUGAGCUGCGCUCGCUGGCGCACAAGCUGCUGGACCUGCUGCGGAGAGCGCAGGAGCUGCUUGGCGUACGCCCGGUGCUGCGCCGCAGAGCCCUAACCCUGGCCCGCCCCGUCCCGUCGCUGCGGGAGCCCCCAGAGUCUGCAGCCCUCGAGCAGCGGCUGAACUCAGGACCACGGUCUUCGAGAGCGCGGUUUCAGAAGCGGAGGCCAGAGCCCCGCGGGAGCAUGAACGGCUGCCCUGGGCUGGAGCCUCUGCGACAGAAGUUGGCUACCCUUCAAGGUUCCCAUGCCUGGAUCCUGCAAGUCCCUUCAGAGCAGCUAGCCAUGCACUUCCAGGAGGUGCUGGCCGACUUGAGCUCCAAGACACUGACAGGCCUCUUCAGAGCGUGGGUGCGUGCAGGCCUGGGGGGCCGCCGUGUGGCCUUCAGUGGCCUGGUGGGCCUGGAGCCGGCCACACUGGCACGCAGCCUCCCACGGCUGCUGGUGCAGGCCCUGCAAGCCUUCCGCUCAGCUGCUCUGGCUGAAGGCCAGCCCUCGGAGCUGGGAGGGGCAUGAAGGGGGCUGCCCCAGGCCAGCGCCACAGAGGGCACCCACUGCUCUCAGGAGCUAGAGGGCUGGAGUGUUUGACAUGUCACUGUCCCCAAGGACCUGCACCUGUUGGUGGGUCAGGGUCCUAUGUCAUCCCA